AUGCUUAUCGACCUUGGCGCUAUCAAAGUAGAAAGCGCUAUCAAAGUCCAAGGCGCUGUUAAAGUCCAAGGCGCUAUUGAAGUUGAAGUCGAAGUCGAAGCUCGAAGUCGCCAUUUAAGUCCAAGUCGCCAGACCCUGAACAGGGAUAAUUGCGCUAGCGCGGACUGUCAGCUGUCAUUGAUCGCGAAAUCCCCUCAUCCAGCGCAUAUGGGCAAUGCCAGCAGCAAUAUCAGAUACAGAGGACAGAAUAUCGACAGCGCUAAUUUAGCACACUGA